AAGGUCCCAGCACAUGGGUGGAAAAAUUCCCGAUGGCCGCGGGUUCAAGGCAGAGUCCGGUGAACAUCGAGACGGACCGUGCAGAAUCCGAUCACGAGGCACUGAGCAGCAAGCCGCUUCGCUGGAAAUAUCCGUCAACCGCUUCGAAAAAACUCGUUAAUCCUGGUUAUUGUUGGAGAGUUGAUUGCGACGGAGAUGGAACUUUUUUAACGGGAGGACCUUUGAUGGACGACGUCUACAAACUGGAGCAAUAUCAUUGCCACUGGGGUUGCAGUGACUCUCGCGGGUCCGAGCACACCGUCGACGGGCAAGCAUUUGCUGGCGAGGUGGGAAAAACUCACGAAGAAAUGGACAAAAUCGCUCGCAUGCUACCGUAUGUCUCGCACAAAGAUGAAAUUAUUGAUGUUAUCGAGCCCAUUGAUCCCAGUAAACUUCUUCCUGCAGAUGACAACGGUUAUUGGACUUACUUGGGGUCACUGACAACCCCUCCGUGCAACGAGAGUGUCACCUGGGUGUUGUUCAAGAAAUAUAUCGAGGUCUCCCAUCAUCAAUUAAACAUCUUCCGUAAUCUAAGGAAAUUUCCACGGGGCGAAGAGUGUCCUUGUCAUGAAAACCACGGAGUGGUAAUCAAUAACUUCCGUCCUCCACUUCCGCUGGGCAAUCGAGUGCUUCGUGAGUGUGGAAGUUUCUAA